AUGCGCCUCUUACAGGCUACAUCCGACAACGACUUCAGCCUCGUCGAAUAUUUUGAUGACAUCCCGCCAUAUGCGAUUCUUUCUCACACCUGGGGUGCGGAUCAUGAAGAAGUCACAUUCAAAGAUAUAUACAAGGGCAAGGGUAAAGGCAAGACAAAGCUUGGAUACGAAAAGCUGCGGUUCUGCGCUGCGCAGGCGGCAAGAGAUGGAUUGAAGUUCUUCUGGGUUGAUACAUGCUGCAUCGACAAGGGUAGCAGCGCCGAACUCUCUGAGGCUAUCAACUCAAUGUACGCGUGGUAUAAGGGCUCAACAAAAUGCUACGUCUAUCUCUCGGACGUUCCUUGUCGGAUCUUGGAUAUCAUACGGCAAGAAAUCCCCGUAGACACUUUCCUGUCGAGCAGAUGGUUUACGCGCGGCUGGACCUUUCAAGAGCUUCUCGCACCGGAAACAUUGGUAUUCUUCGCUGCAGAUGGAACCGAACUGGGAGACAGAGCGAGUUUUCUAGAGGGUAUCGCACGCCAAACGCAUAUUCCUAUCGACGUCUUACAGGACAACAACUACGCUGUCAACUAUAAUGUCGAGAAGAGGAUAGACUGGACAAUGCAUAGGAGGACAAAACGCGAAGAGGACGCAGCAUAUUGUCUCCUGGGCUUCUUCGGGGUGCAGAUGCCGCUCAUAUACGGCGAGGGUAGAGCGAGGGCAUUUGCACGAUUGCGGACCGAGAUCAAGCGACACAGAUUUCAAAAAAACUUGCUGACAGUUGUAUCUUUCAUGAGAUUCCUCUACGAUGGAGUGGUAGAUGUCCGUGAUACGGCCGAUCUUUGCCCCCCUGGUACCUAG